UUUCCACAUUUGAUGUCAACAAAGUUCAGUUCCAGGGAACUCAUUCGCAUUUGUCAAAAAUAUGAUGGAGGCACAGGUUAACGACGACAGGCCAAAUCAAGGGCCGGAAUUCGACGGUGCCAGACUAGAAAUUCAUGGUCCGGAAACAAGGGAAAACGUCCCGAGUGUCGACUUCAAGGGACCUAAUUUAAGCCAAGGGAAAAUGAAUCGCAGUAUGAGCGUCGGAAGUGGAAACGGUCGAAGACCAAAUUUCACUAUGACGGAUUAUGCUUUGAAGUCUUACUUCUGCUACAGAGACGGGUCCUUUGAGAACGCCGUGGAGGCCUGUAAGGAGUCGGUGGUCAGUGAAGAGCUGGACGGUCAGCUGAGAGGAGCAUGGCUGCUUACGGAAAUUGACCACUGGGACGCCGAGAAAGAAAAAAUGGUACUCCUCACAGAAAACUCCCUGCUUAUCGUGAAGUAUGACUUUGUAGCCAUCAAGAUGUUGAGGUUUCGCCGGGUGAUGCUGCACCUGCUGGAUACCAUAGAGGUGGGAGAGAUAGUGUACCCAGACAAGUCUAUUAUGCCGUGAGUAUUGUUAUAACACCUGUAAUUU